UGUGAAACUGUAGAAGGAUCAGAGAAGUGGUGCAUGUGAGAUUCAGAGAGAGGAUGAGUGAGCAGUGCAAUAUGAGUGUGGCUCGGUGAGGGUCGCUGAAGAUCAGUGAGAUCAGCCUUCUGGGAGAUUGGCUCAGAAAGACACCUGUCUGGGCAUCCUCAACCGCUUCUCAGGCAGGUUUGGGUCAGCGAACCCUUACUAUCGAGCUCAUUGCGAGCAUGCUUACAGAGAGACUAGCUCAGUGAGCAGCCUGCUGGCAUUUUGGAUCACUGCAUAGCCUGCUGGAAGUUUGGUUCAAUUGGCAUAUCUGCAGGGAGUUUGGUUUGGAAAAUAUCCCACUGCUAUAUUUCUUAACUACUAUUACCAUUGGCAUUACCUGACUGAUCCAUGAAAAGACAGGCCUGGUGGGAAUCGCAAUACAGCUCAGCCAAAACCUUAUGGGAAUUUGGUUCAGUGAAGAGCCAUUUGGCGACUGUCUCAGUAAACUGUCUCAGUGAGGGAUCGUGGGUCGCAAUCAGUAAGAGUUAUACAGCUUGACACUGCAUCUUUGUGUGUGUGCAAAAGAUACUGUGUGCAUCAUGGAACCCCAUGAAAAUGAUGGCGACAGCCCCCCGUCUGUUGAUAAAGACUCAGAGAUGGAGCCCCAAGCAAGUCGGCGCUUCACCCGCAGAGAGGCUAAGUACCGGAGGAAGGGAACAGUGCGGCCACAGCAACCCAAAAAAGAGCCAGACGCUGAAUCCAAACCACUUUCUCAAUCAGCGCAGCGGAACCUGCUGUACGGUGAAGCUCUUUAUACUAUUAUACACCGCAUGGGAAUGCCAGAGCCUGACCACAUAUACGAUGAGGAGCAACUCUAUAUCUAUCUACAUAAGGCCUUCAAUAUGGAUCGAGGAGAGCAUGAAGCCAUCUUACAACGUGUCCAAGUACUAGAGGCCCCAAUUCUUUGUUUAAAAGUCACUGUAAAAGAAGCCAAAGGAAUUCUGGGAAAAGAUGUCAGUGGCUUCAGCGACCCAUACUGCCUCCUUGGCAUUGACCACCGGUCCAGCAGCCAUUCCCGGGACAGUAGUCCUGAUAAGAAACAAAAGCAAAAAGCCGUGGUUAGGAACACCAUUCCAGAAGAUCGGAUGCAUAAGACACAGAUCAUAGGCCAGACGCUGAAUCCUGUAUGGAAUGAGACUUUCAUAUUGGAGGUAGAAGACAUGGAAAAAGCAAGUUUUCAAAUGGAUAUGUGGGACUCUGAUGAUGUGGAAACUGUCAGAACAAAGUUGGGAGACCUCACAGAUCUGCAUGGCCUGAAAAGGAUAUUUAAAGAAGCUCGAAAGGACAAGGGCCAAGAUGAUUUUCUGGGCAAUGUGGUUUUGCAGUUGCGGCACCUGAAAUGUAAAGAGGAUCGCUGGUACAAUCUUGAACCUCGCACUGAGACCUAUCCUGAUAGAGGGCGCUGCCACCUGCAGUUCCUUCUCACACAUAAAAAGCGAGGGACCAUGUUGACCAAAACUCCCAGUUAUAUUGUCCACAGGCAGCUACUGCAGCAGUUUGUGCGCCACGAGAUCACCCAUCACGAGGAGAGUAGCACCACGUGGAAUGGAGAGAUCAGCCCCCAUGGCGCCACUAUCCUGUACUUACACGCCACUCAGAAAGAUCUGUCGGAGUUUCAUCAGGGCCUGGCGCAGUGGCUGGCAUACAGUAAGCUGUACCAGAGUAUGGAAUUCAGCAGUAGCUGUUUGUUGCAUCACAUCACUAGUAUUGAGUACUUGUGGGUACAGGGGCGCCUUCAGGAUGAACAGAAAGCAGAGCUUGCCGAAUCCUUUGAUUCCCUCUUGUUUUAUGGGGUUUCCCUGCUGCAGAGGUACCGGAUAGUGUUCCCUCUGACUGCCCCGCGCUCUGUUGAACGCCUGCAGAGCCUACUACGGGUACUGAUACAAAUGUGCAAGACCAAAGCUUUCCGGGAGCUGUGCUCUUUAACUCCAGAUCUGCAGGAGAGAGUUACAGAAGCCAUCAAGGCUGGAACACAUGAAUGGUUUGAUCUGAAGAGGCAACAUCUUCAGCCUAUGAUACAGAACCAGGAGGAGAACCUUAAGUCAUUAGUAAGGCUGGUAGCGGACAUAACUAGUGACUUGCAGAGUUGUCACAAGACGUGGAACAAGUGCUUCAUCAACACAAUUAAGGUGGAUAUUUUCAGCCUGACCUUCCAGGAGUUGGAGGAAUUGGUAUCCCAGCAUUUGCAAAGCCAGCUGCCUUCUCCAAAGCUCAACUCCAACCCUCAGCUCUCCGAAAUCCUGUAUCAACUAUACCUUACUCUGAGGGAACUGCACAAGCUACAUGUACACUUUCCUAAAAGGGAGAAUGAACUACCUUUGAGCGGAUUUCACCGCUGGUUUGCCGAAUCUCUGCCCAGCUGGUUGCAGAAAGCGUAUACAACUGCCCUGGAGAGGGUUCAGCGGGCUGUGCAGAUUGAUCAGCUGGUGCCACUCUCAGAGUUACAGAAACACAGUGCCUCCACUGUCGAUCUGUCCACUUGCUACUCACAGAUUGGAAAAACAUGGCAACAGCUGGACUGGCCAGAUCCUGAGGAGGCCUUUAUGAUCAUGGUGAAAUUCACAGAGGACAUGUGCCGUAUUGCCAUUACCUACUGCUGCCUCAUCAAACGCCGGGCAGAAGAGAUAUCUGGAAAUCAAGAUGCAGCAGAAGCUGCCACAAAGUUGUGCCUUGUGGUUAACAACAUUGAGCAGUUGCGCCUGGUGGUGCAUUCUCUACCCACCAAGCUGGACUGGGAAUCCCUGGAGCACAAGACAAGCCAUGUUAUCAGCACAAAUCAGUUUCAGCACACACUGCAUGACCAGUUGCGGGGAGCCAUAGUGUGUCUGAAUCGGGAGAUCCGUGGGGUUGUGCAGUCUCUUGCACAAAAGCUUGAUGCCGGAAUCACUAAACAUCUUUACUCUCUUGCUAGUGUCAGUGAUUCCAAAGAUCCUAAUGAUAGCAUUGUCCCACUGAUGAAGUUCUUGGAGAAAGAACUACAGUACAUGAAUCAGAAUCUGGUGCAAGAAAACUUCAACUGCCUCCUGUCUCUCCUUUGGUCGCACAUCCUCAUAGUUAUAUCUGGGCUGUCCAACCAAGUCAUCCCCUCUUCACGUUAUUAUCAGAGGCUCCAUGCUGCACUCAAGAACCUAGAGCUGUGUUUUCAUGCUGAAGGCUGUGGGCUACCACUCGAAGACCUUCAUACAGCUGAGUUCAUUGCUUUGGACCAAGAGCUCAGUCUUAGCUCUUCCAACAUUCACAAGCUUAUUGAGCGCUAUUACCAAGACAAGAUCCAACAACAGACUGAGUGCACUUCGGAGAAGUAUGGGGCUGUGACAGUGAAAGCCAGCUACCGCUCCUCUGAGCAGAAACUGCGAGUGGAGAUCCUUAAUGCUGUCAACCUUCUUCCGCUGGAUUCAAAUGGUAGCAGUGACCCCUUUGUGCAGCUGACUCUGGAACCAAAGCACCUGUUCCCAGCCGUGGAGCCUCGCAGCACCCAGAUCAAAAAGAAUGAGCUAAACCCGCUGUAUGAUGAAACCUUUGACUUUCUGGUGAAAGCAGAACAGUGCAAAGGGGCCGGUGCCUGCCUCCUCCUGACAGUGUUUGACUACGAUACGCUGUUGUCCAAUGACUUUGAAGGGGAGGCAUUUUUGGAACUUGCAGGCCUACCAGGUCUACAGCAGGAGGAGUUAGAAGAAGGGGGCCUUGUGACCAACAUCCCACAGAUACGCCUGCCUCUCACCCAUCCUAAACCCAAUGGUGACCGGAUCUUGCAGAUUUUGGAAAACCGCCGAUCUGACCGAGAAGCCGUUGCAUUUGUCAAGCUGCGUAGGCAGAGAGCCCGCCAGUCUUUGGAGGGCAAACGGUGACCUCAGGGGGGUCGGGGGUGACGUGUGCAAUGUUGCUUUUGCGGAACAGGAAAUCCUCUGCACAGCCAUAAAAUAAGUUAUUCCCUGCAGCACCAAAGGAACGGAAGAGUUUAAUCCAAACCACUGGAGAAUCAGGAGAGAAUAAACCCUUUAGUGUGGACUGUGAGAUAUGACUGCUAUUGUGUGGGUAAUUAAAAUAGUUUGUGAGUGUUCGAGCCCCUGUAUUUACGGUAGGGGCAGAAGGAAGAUGUUGUCUGGGAUCCAGAAUAAGAUGGGACCUUUUAAGGGAACAAAGAUAAGAGUACAAAAAUAUUUUAUAUUGUGUAAUGCCUUAUGCCUUCAACCAUGUGUCUUGCUUGAUACAUUGUGUGUAAUUGUUGCACUGCUUGUAUUCACCUGUGUUGCAAUGUACAGUGAUACUGGAUAGUUUUACCUUUAUAAACAAACUAUAAUAGUAAUAGUUAGAUAUUUAGACAUUGGUAAAACUUGGCUGAUGGGGAUUGCUGGGAGCUGCACGGGCCUUUCUGCAUAACCUGAAGACCCCUCUUUUAUAAUAAUAAUAUAUUCUUCUGUUCAUACAUAGAACACUGAAAUAUUGUUGAUUCCAAGGUCUAUCAGUGCAGAGCAAAUGGUCUAUUUUCCCUAUGAAGCUGUACACAUUACUGUAAUGAAGUAUUUAUAAAGCAUUUAAUAUUCACACA